AGACAAUGUAAAAAGAGCAUAAAAGAGCAGUAGCCUUAGACGUUUAGCCAUUUAAAGAGGUUGUUGAGAGAACAAUGCUUCGUAAGGGUAUUACAGAGAGCUUUGGAGUUGCUAUUCAUGCCCUCAGCACCACUCAUCUGACAGAUGGUGUGAUUAACAGGAGCAAAAGAAUGAUGCUGGACACCCUGGGUGUUGGGUUGUUAGGAACCAGGACAGCUGUCUUUAACAAGGCUCUCAAGUACAGCCAGAUGUUUACAUGUGAGCAGAGGAGCAGUGUUUGGGGCAGAUCGGAGAUCAGUCUCCCUCCUCAUCAUGCAGCAUUUGUCAAUGGCAUUGCAGUUCACUCCAUGGACUUUGACGACACUUGGCAUCCUGCUACCCAUCCCUCUGGCGCUGUGCUGCCGGCACUGCUGGCGCUGGCAGAGACGCUGCCCAGCCGGCCCUCUGGCCUGGAGCUGCUGCUAGCUUUUAAUGUUGGCAUUGAGGUGCAAGGCAGGCUGAUGAGGUUCUCCAAAGAGGCUUACAACAUACCUGAAAGAUUCCAUCCUCCCAGUGUUGUUGGGGUGAUGGGGAGUGCUGCAGCCUCAGCUAAGCUUCUUGGUCUGAACCCAACACAGUGCACUCAUGCUCUGGCUAUUGCAGCCUCCUCUGCAGGGGCUCCCUUAGCCAAUGCUGCCACACAAACCAAACCUCUCCACAUAGGUAAUGCUGCUCGGAGAGGCUUGGAGGCAGCUCUGCUAGCCCAGAUAGGACUGGAGGGAAAUCCAGCCAUACUAGAUAUACACAGUGGGCUGGGGGUUUACUACAAAGACUACAGCCCUUCAGUAAUUGCAGAUUCCACUUGUGGUGUUUUUGAAUGGAUUCUGGAGGAUCAGGAUGUAGCAUUCAAGCGCAUCCCUGCUCACCUGGCCAUGCACUGGGUUGUGGAUGCAACUCUGGCAGCCCGCGCGAAGUUUCAAGACACAAUGGGAAACUUUGAUCCCAGUCAGAUCCAGCAUAUCACACUUCGAGUUCCUCCAUCCAAAUACAUUAACUGCCCCCUACCUGUCUCAGAGCAUCAAGCCAGGCACUCAUUUCAGUUCAACGCCUGCUCAGCUUUGCUGGAUGACAAAGUGACAGUUGCAUCUUUUAACCUGGCUCAAAUCAACCGGCCUGCUCUCAGGGAACUCCUGUCCAAAGCAAAGCUGGAGACACCUGAAGACAACCAGCCUAGCUUUGACAAAAUGUACUGUGAGGUUGAGAUAGGCACAGCUCAGGGGCAGAGCUACACAGCCAGAUGUGAUACCUUUUAUGGCCACUGGAGGAAGCCACUGAGUCAGGUGGACCUGGUGGAGAAGUUCAGAGUUAAUGCUUCCUCGGUGUUGUGCACAGAGGGCGUGGACGGUGUGAUUGACCUGGUGGGAAAUAUAGAGAAGGUGACUGAAAGCUCAGUGUUGGGCUCAUAUUUGACAAUGACCAGUGAUCCACAUGAGCAGAUGAAGACAAUGUGUUGUAACAUAUGAGAAAAUACAAGUUAAAUAAUAUGUGAAUAUUUUGUACACUUUUAUGAAAUAAACUGAACUGAAAA